AUGGUUAAGAAACUGGCCUCGGAGUACUCCAGUCCGUCUGGGCGGCCCUUGAGCUGCGUGGUGGACGAGAACACCCCCGUUGUGACCCCUGUCAAUGGGGCCCUUGCCGUGACCGGCGGGCCCCCGGGGGAGCAGCGGGCCCCUGAGAGGCGGGUCCGCUCCCAACGGCACCGCAACUACAUGAGCAGAACCCACCUGCACACCCCUCCAGUUCUCCCUGAGGGAUACGAGCAACGCACCACUCUGCAGGGUCAAGUGUACUUCCUGCACACCCAGACCGGGGUCAGCACCUGGCACGACCCACGAGUGCCCAGGGACCUGAGUAAUGUGAACUGUGAUGAGCUGGGCCCACUUCCCCCUGGCUGGGAGAUCCGGAACACCGCCACGGGACGGGUCUACUUUGUGGACCACAACAACCGCACUACGCAGUUCACCGACCCGCGCCUCUCCGCAAACCUGCACCUCGUCCUCAAGACAGCUGAAGGAGCCGGCAGCCCCGGGUGGCCCCCCCAGGCCCUGUCCCCAGCCCAGCUGCCCGAGGAGGCGGAGUGCCUGACGGUCCCGCGCUACAAGAGGGACCUGGUGCAGAAGCUGAAGGUGCUGCGCCAGGAGCUUACCCAGCAGCAGCCGCAGGCCGGGCACUGCCGCAUAGAGGUAUCCCGCGAAGAGAUCUUUGAGGAAUCGUACCGCCAGGUGAUGAAGAUGCGUCCCAAAUACCUCUGGAAGAGGCUGAUGGUGAAGUUCAGAGCAGAGGAAGGGCUGGACUACGGAGGGGUGGCCAGGGAGUGGCUGUACCUGCUGUCUCAUGAGAUGCUGAACCCGUACUACGGCCUGUUCCAGUACUCCAGAGAUGACAUCUUCACGCUCCAGAUCAACCCAGACUCGGCGGUCAACCUGGCGCACCUGUCCUACUUCCACUUCGUGGGGCGCAUCAUGGGCAUGGCAGUGUUCCACGGCCACUACAUAGACGGCGGCUUCACGCUGCCCUUCUACAAACAGCUGCUGGGGAAGCCGAUCACCCUGGAGGACAUGGAGGCUGUGGACCCUGACCUGCACAACAGCCUAAUCUGGAUCCUGGAGAAUGACAUCACAGGCGUCCUGGAUCACACCUUCUGUGUGGAGCACAACGCCUACGGGGAGAUCAUCCAACACAAGCUCAAACCCAGCGGCAAGAGUGUUCAGGUCACCGAGGACACCAAGAAGGAAUACGUCAGGCUGUACGUGAACUGGAGAGUCCUGCAUGGGAUCGAGGCCCAGUUCCUGGCCCUUCAGAAAGGCUUCAACGAGGUCAUCCCUCAGCACCUGCUCAAGGCCUUUGAUGAAAAGGAGCUGGAGCUUAUCGUGUGCGGCCUGGGGAAGAUCGACAUCGUCGACUGGAGGUCCAACACACGUCUGAAGCACUGCAGCGUGGACAGCAGCGUGGACAGCAGCGUGGUACGCUGGUUCUGGAAAGCGGUGGAGUCGUAUGACGAGGAGCGCCGCGCCCGCCUGCUGCAGUUCGUCACCGGCUCCUCAAGGGUCCCUCUGCAGGGGUUCAAGGCCCUCCAGGACCUGACCCUAGACACAACCAGCUGA